AUGCAGUCCAAGUUCAGGGUUUGGUUGCUCGCAGCCGCGCUGCUCGUCAGUUUCGCCGCUUCCACCGGCACGACCACUGCCAGCACGGUGGAGAGCUUGAGCCUCGAGGAGCUGGACGAGCAACUUCAGGUGCCGUGGUCCUCCAUGUCCUCCUUCUCACCCGAUUCAACGGAGCUCAACGCUGCCAAACAAGACAAGCACGAAGCCGAAUCACAAUCUCUCACCUUGCGACUCUUUGCCAUCCUCUUCCCGAGCUCCCACCCUGCCAUCAACGCGCUUCUCGCAACGCUUUACAUCUCUGGCCCGCCCAACUUUCUGCUCGCUCUGUGCCCGACCAACAUUGAUCCCUCAUCGCUGAGCGUCAUGGUGGCCUUUGCCGUCGGCGGCCUGCUCGGCGACACUCUCUUUCACCUGCUACCCGAGAUCUUUCUCGGCGAGGACGAAGCCGACCGGGCCCGCUUUGUGCUCGUUCAGCCCAACAGGAAUAUCGUUUUGGGAUUGGCCAUCCUCGUCGGCUUCAUGACCUUUGUCGCCAUUGAUAAGGGACUGAGGAUUGCCACCGGUGGCCAGGGGCAUGACCACAGCCACCACAACCACCACGACGACUCCGUCAAGCCGAAGCAGGUGGACGACGUUGCGGCCGUAGGUGCCCGGACGACCGGUGCCGGUGCCUCCAACGGCCAAGUCAAGUCGAGGAAGAAGAAUGCGAAAAAGAGCGGCCAUGAUGUGGCCGAGACAGCCACGCAGGUCAACCCAAGUGUCAAGCUGGGCGGAUAUCUCAACCUCAUCGCAGAUGCCAUACACAAUGUCACCGAUGGCCUCGCCAUGUCGGCUAGUUUUUACGCCUCGCCAACCAUCGGUGCCACCACCACCGUCGCCGUCUUCUUCCACGAGAUCCCCCACGAGGUCGGUGACUUUGCCUUGCUCAUCCAGUCCGGUUUCUCGAAGCGUGCCGCCAUGGCCUCGCAGUUUCUUACCGCACUCGGUGCCCUACUCGGUACACUCAUAGGCAUCGCCGUCCAGGAGCUGGGCGGAGGCAGCACGGCAAGCGGCGAGAUGGGCAUGAUGCGCAACGCAGGCCUCUGGGGAACCAGCCUGACGUGGGGCGAUAUGCUUCUCCCCUUCACCGCCGGCACAUUCCUCUACGUCGGUACCGUGGCUGUCAUUCCUGAACUUCUCGAGACUGGUGACAACAAGAUGCAGGACCUUCGCAAGUCAUUGUUGCAGUUCACGGCCGUCGCAGCUGGUGCUGGAGUGAUGCUCUAUAUCUCGUGGCAUAACUGA